CCCGCAUUGUGUGGGGCAGGAGGCGGCCCCGGCCAUUAGCAUGCGGGGGGCGGCGCGGCCGGGCUGGGAGCCGAGCGGGAAUAAGAGCGGGGUACCAGGCACUGGGGAGACAAGGCUAGGCACCUCGGUGCUGGGCAAAGAGGCAGGAGCGAACGAGAUGGAGUGAGGUUGGAAGAUGGGGGCGCCUUUCUGGGAAGGAACCAGCCUGGAAGUGGUGAGUGGUGAGAUUCAGCAGGUGAAAACAAGAUAUGGAAAUAAGAACUAGAAGUAAAGCACUGGAGAUAAACAAAGAAAGGUUCCAGCAAAGUCAUGGAGGACAGAGAGAUCCAGCCUGUGGAAGAGAGGAGGGCAGUCCGGGAAGAAAAGUUGAGGCAUUGGGCCCAACACAGAGAGAGUGGGCGUCUCCUGGUGUUAGCGGUGAGCCAGCUCUGGAUGGCACUGGCUUCUGUGCCCUUUGCUGUUACCAUUUCUUGCCUGGAAUCUGACUGCCACAUGAAUAUAGCCCUACCCCUCUGGCCAGGAGCUUCGGGUCUUCUUACUGGGAUCUUAACACUAGAACUUCGAAGAACACCCCGACUCUGGAAGAUGAGAGCCAUGAUGAUACUCAACUUAUUUGGGAUGAUCCUGGGACUUGUUGUUGUUGUGGUCCAAGGAAUGAAGCUGGCCUUGGGUCCCAUACAGUCAACCUCCUACCAGUGGGUUGGCUUGCUGAUCGUGGAAUUGAGUGCAGAGGCCUUCACCCUAGGCGGAGCUCUGGCCUCUGCCUUUUCCCUCCUCCUGCUGAGCCAAAGAAAGCCAGGAUGCUGUGGUGCUCGGAGACUGCGCUACCAGGAACUACAGGAGGGACUCUCAGAAAUGGAAGAAGUUAAAAAUGGUGAAAAUAUUCCCUCUGAGGAUUACGAAGCAAAUGAAUGAGCCAGCAAAGGGGAACAGAAGAGUACUCCUAGAAUGCUUGUUGAGGAUGGACACAGUGGUCCCAGUAUCACCCUGCGCAGACACCGAUGCCCAGGGGAAAGGAACAGGAAUGGCUCCUUCCCUGCCCCCCCCCCCCAAUCCGGAAUGCUAGUUCCCUGCAUUCUCCUCCAGCAACCUCUAUUGCUUAGGAGGUUGGAAUCCAACCACACGUACAAGAAUGCCAAGGAGGGAGGUGGCCACUUCUUCAAUUUGGCUCAACCGUGGACAUGGGCCCCUGCCCAGGCAGAUUUGUGCUCGGGACUGAGUCCUCCUCCCUCAGGGGGAUACUACUAACUGCCCCAAUUCGUAAUCCUGUGAAAGCUCCCCUACGGCAUCCCGAAUUCCCCUGACACUUGUUGCUAUUCCAUUUUAUGUAUCUAUCCUUCCCCCCAGCCAUUUAUCCAUCUCUCAAUCUAUCCCUCUCCCUUCAUCCAUUCCCUUCCAUCCUCAGACAUUCUUCCAUGCAAUUCCUGCCAUCGGGCUCCAUUAUCCCAUUCAUCACAUUCCAACCAUCCACAAUUCAACAUCUUCCCCAUAAGCCGCAAGUCGCCCAACCCUUUGCUAAAGGAAGGAGGCAGAGAACUACAAAUCCCAGCAGAUGCCCUUACCGCUUUGCAUGCUGGGAAAUAAAGGUCCUUCUCAGUGCAA